AUGCACGAAUGCAGUGGGACGCAUGACUUUUUCACCAUUGCGGCUGAAUACACGAGUAAGGCUUCUGCCACUCAAGUGGGCAUCUAUGCCAUUUUGCAAGCCAUAGCUCGUACAACCACCUGCCAGCCCAGCACGUGCAUGCGUGGAUAUGCGCCACUUGCAGAGCCCCUGCUGGUUGAACUAGACCCUGCACGCCAAAAACUUAUGAAAUCAAUAAGCACUCUCUGUCUCAGCGACCAGGCGGCGCUCUUCGACUUGCUUUACUCCGACGAUGUCAGGAAGCAGGAAGAAGGACUGGCAAUGGUGAACGUCAUUCGUCUGAGGGGCGCUGUGGAGGUGGGAUUGGACGGAACGGCAGCCCUGGUUGCGGCCCGGCUUUCCGACAACGAGGCCGCCGACGAGCACGCCCUGCAGUCUAGCUAUUCUGUGGCGCUAAUCCGGACCGUCAACGGGCUCACAGACCGCCAGCAGGUCGGCAACUAUAUGACCUCCAUGAAGACCCUCGCGGGGCGCAUCAGCCUUCCUUACGCACUCAUCGAUGUCCGCCACGAGGCGACGCACCAGCAGCUCCCGCCUCUUCCGGCGCUGCGGCAGAGCGCGGCGCUCCUGCUUCACUGGCUGCGCCACAACUACUGGGAGCCGCUUCUAAACGAGACGCACGAGAACGCCGUGAGCAGGUGCGUCCAAGAGCUGCAAGGGUUUUUCGUGUCUCCGAACCAGCUCCAUCCUUCUGAGUUUGUGGACAGGCUCAUCGCUGCAAAUUGCCUGACGGGCCUUCCUGGUGCCGUGGUCCGCGUCAUAUACAGGAACAGGCUCAGUCCGGCCGACGUUUUCGGGGAGUCAGGGGACCGCACGGAGUUCAGACGGUUUCUGGUCGGGGCCAUAGAGGGAGGCCUUGCCGAGAGCUUUCGGAGCAGCAUCGUCUCCCCGCUCUUCGCACGACUGUUUUCUGAUGCGGUGCUAUCACACUACUGCAUCGUCAACAUGGUGAUGCACCAGUCGGGCAAGCUCACAAAUCCGCAGCAGUUCGACCUUUGCAUCAGGUGGCUGUACGCCAUUCUGGAUCACAUCAGGGCGGAGCCAGACAAGAGCGUGGAGCAGCUGCAUCUGAAAGCAAUCCAGAAGGCCCUGCUGGCUGUCCUGGCAAACGCAGCCCCUCCGUUCCUUCUUUCCUUGGAGCAGGCAUACAAAAAGGAGGGCACGCAGUUUACUCGACUGGACACUAGCGCAGAGUUCACCCUGGAUGACGUGAUUUCGCUAACGGAGCCCGUGGCCUCUACGUCGGCCGUCCCGGGCACAGCGCAGGUGUCUAUCAGCGACACGCCGUCCGGCUGCUUAGUGCAGUUUCUGGUGGACGUUCUGCACAAGUAUCAUCUGAAGCUGACGGGGCUGCAGAUACUGCUGGGGGUCCAAUCCAGCGACGCAAGCGUCAUCAUCCACCGCUCCCCGGCAAACGAGCUCAUUCCCAUAGGCGUCACAAGUCUGCUGGGGUCGAUGUGGACAGACGACUCCCGCCUCCGUCGCUACUACUAUGGGGGUCUGGAUGCAGAUGCCCCCGUCCUCCACAGGGAUGGAGACGCGCCGUUGGAGGCGAAGCUCACCGAGCCUCCCCUUAAGAAAUAG